AUGGCGAGUUUGUGCAAAUACGAAAUGCUAGUAAAAAAUACUCUGAAAUUAUGGAAUUACACAAUUGCUAUUCUCUCGAAAAUGUUCUCUCGUUGCAUUCAGAAUGCAGUGUCUCUGUCCCUUAUGAAAGGAGGAGGCAUUCGGUUGAUGUCCUCUCAAGCAAAAACGUUGUUUGAAAAAAUAGCAGACAAAACCAUUCCUUCUUCCAUUAUUUUUGAAGAUGAUAAGUGUUGCGCGUUUCGUGAUGUAAAUCCAGCGGCACCCGUUCAUUUCCUGGUCGUCCCCAAGAAGUGUGAUAAUCUGACACAGUUGAGAUUUAUGCGUGAUGAUCAGGAAGAAUUGGUUGGUCACCUUAUUCAUGUUGCAUCGAAAUUGGCGAUCCGAGAAGGUUUGGAAAAUGGAUAUCGGAUUGUUGUAAACGAUGGCAAAGAUGCAUUGCAAUCCGUGUUUCACCUGCAUGUCCACGUCCUUGGUGGAAAGAAGUGUAUUUGGCCUCCUGUAUAG